CAAUCACUCACAUAACAGAAAAAACACAAACAAGCAAAACAAAAACUAAAGCUAGAUUAUUAAGAUGGAUACAAAAAAUGAAAAUGAAACCACUCCUUCACGUUCACCCUUAUUAAACACAAACACAGAAACCACAACACCAACACAAACACCACAACCAACAACAACAAGUACCACACAAAAAAGUGGUACAGAUAGCAUUGGAAGCCUCAUAAAACUACUCCCAACAGGGACAGUUUUCUUGUUCCAAUUCCUAAACCCCGUUGUUACAAACAGUGGUCACUGCAAAACCAGCAACAAGUACCUAAGUUCAAUUCUUCUUGCAAUAUGCGGUUUCAAUUGCAUCUUUUCCACUUUCACAGAUAGCUACACAGGUACUGAUAACAAAAGACACUAUGGACUUGUAACACCCAAAGGAUUAUGGCCUUCAGAGGCUUCGAAUUCAAUCGAUUUAUCGAAGUAUAAGCUUAAAGUUAGUGACUUUGUUCAUGCUGUUCUAUCAUGGCUUAUUUUUGCAGUGUUGGGUCUUCUUGAUACAAACACUGUGCUAUGUUUUUACCCUUCUUUUAUGAAAACUCAGAAAACUGUUCUUCAAGUGUUGCCUGUAGCUAUUGGAGUUGUUGUUGGAUGGGUGUUUUCGGUUUUUCCACAACAAAGACAUGGAAUUGGUUACCCUCCUAGUACUGAUUCUACUGAAACAACCUCUACCAUAUCAUCCAAUGGAACUUCCCAAAUUCCAACCAAUAAUGUUUAAGAGAAUCAUCUUUCCAUUUUCUCUCUAUCAUGGCAAAAUUUAUUAUAUUAAGAAAGAAAAUAUUUUUUCUUAAUAUAAUGCUCUGUAGUUAGAAUUUAUUUUGUGUGACGGUGGUUUUUUAUUGUUUUAAAUUUAUUUAUGAACUUUGUGUUGGUGUGAAAAUUCUUGUGUAAUGCAACAUAAAUUUGUGCCACUGUAAAGUCGUAUUUGUGUGAAUAAUUCUUGAUUGAGUUUAUUGGUGGUACCAA